UCUCUUUGUAAGCAUUUUUUUUUCUUCCUCAAAAAAUCAACUUUCUCUCACUAUAUAUCUAUAUAUCUCUAUAGUUUCGAUUGUAGCAAAAAAAAAAAAAAACUUUAAUUAUAUAGGACCUUAAUUUCCCCAAAAAAUCAGAACCCCAGAAUCAGUUCUUGUUCUUCUUGUUGUUGUUUUUCUUGGAUCAUGUAAAAAAGACCCAUUUGGAUUUGGAUCUUGAUUUGGGGAUUUGAUUGAAUUGGGUUUUGAUUGGAAUUCGGGUUUUUCAGCCAUGACCCGUCGAUGUUCACAUUGUAGUACCAAUGGACAUAACUCAAGGACUUGUCCUAAUAGAGGUGUGAAGUUGUUUGGGGUCCGAUUGACUGAUGGGUUGAUCCGAAAAAGUGCUAGUAUGGGUAAUUUGACCCAUUUUGCUAGUGGAAGUGGAGGUGGUAGUACACCUCUAAACGGUGUCGUUCAUGACUCACCUGGUGAUACACCUGAUCAUCCUGCUGUUGGUGGUGGCUCUGCUGAUGGUUAUGCUUCAGAGGAUUUUGUUGCUGGUUCUUCAUCUAGCCGUGAAAGGAAGAAAGGGGUUCCCUGGACUGAGGAGGAGCAUAGGAUGUUUCUACUUGGUUUGCAAAAACUCGGUAAAGGUGAUUGGCGUGGAAUUGCUCGUAACUAUGUGAUCUCUAGAACACCCACCCAGGUGGCAAGCCAUGCCCAGAAAUAUUUCAUUAGGCAAAGUAAUAUGUCAAGGAGAAAAAGACGCUCCAGUCUGUUUGAUAUUGUUGCUGAUGAAUCGGGGGACACUCCAAUGGUAUCAAGGGAUUUCCUCGCAGAUGAUCCUGCACAAGCUGAGAUGCAAAGCAACAAUCUGUUGCCUCCUACUCCUGCUGUGGAUGAAGAAUGUGAAUCAAUGGGUUCAGCAGCUUCUGCCAACUCCAUCGAUGGGGAACAUGCUCUUCCUAUACCAGAAAGCUCACAAUAUCAGCAUCCACUUGUUUAUCCUGCUUAUGUUGCUCCAUUUUACCCGAUGCCUUAUCCAUGCUGGCCAGGUUACACUGCAGAGCCAGCAAUAGCUGAGACCCAUGAAGUUCUGAAGCCAACAGCUGUUCAUUCAAAGAGUCCAAUUAAUGUUGAUGAGCUGGUUGGUAUGUCAAAGCUAAGCUUAGGUGAAUCCAUUGGUGAUGCUGCCAAGCCACCUUCUCUGUCACUAAAGCUGGUCGAGGGCUCCUCCAGGCAGUCAGCUUUCCAUGCUAAUCCGUCAUCUGGUAGCUCAGGCAUGAACUCUAGCCACAAUCCAAUCCAUGCAGUUUAGUGGGGUGCAUUCACAUGAUAUGUUUCCUGUUAAUAUAUGAAAAUGUUCUCUAGUUUGGUUGGUUAGUUAUAGUUCUAUUUGUUGGGUCGAUCUUAAUAAGACUGUUUAGGUGUUAACUGCUUAGUUGGCAAUACUCAUAGCUUUGUAGGCACUCUUGUUUUGAAGUAUUCAAGUUGUUGACUUUGAGUCGAAAAA